AUGGCUGUUUAUUCCGGAAGACUAGAAAAAUUUUUCACUAUCGAAGACUUACAAGCUAUCGAAAAAGCUUUUAAUGAGGAUCAAACAGGAGGAAAGAGCUAUCGUAAACUGCAUCGAAAUGAAUUUUGUGAAUUAAUGAAUAGAGUCUUUUCACAUAAAUGGUCUCGAUCUGAGUAUACUGAACUAUUUAAAAAUAUCGACGUUCGACAUGAAGGCUACGUUGAUUUUGGCAAAUUUUGCUCUUAUAUGAUGCACGGGUUUUCAAAAAAGCAUGAAAAAGAAUUACGCACAUCUCAGAUUCCCCGAUGGAAAGAUCCAAGAAUUACGCCCAACAUUCACAAAGAUACGAUUCAAAGAAUUAACCCGAUUUAUGGAUCAAUGGCACGUUAUAUUACGGUUAGCAAGGAGGGAACAUUAGGGUGCUGGAAUUAUAACGGAAAGCUGUUAAAGCAAGGAAAAAUUGAAAUGGAUUACAUUUCCGCUAAAAAUUUAUGGAUUACCUGCUUUUGCGUCAUACCCAACCUCAACAAGAUCGUUAUUGCUUUCACAAGUAAAGAAAUAGCCAUUUAUAACUUUGAUAUUAGUGUCGCAGGCGAUUUUUCGCUCUUAUCAAGAAUUACAGAUCUACCAGCUAUACCACUAUGCAUGAAUACUUGGACUACCAACGAUUUAGCUCAUGAUACCAUGUUGAUCUAUGGUGAUAACACAGGCAUGGUUACUUCGAUCAAAUUUUCAGCUGCCUUACUGCCCUCGGUGGAAUGGAGGCAUUGGAGCGAAGGAAAAGAUGAAUAUAUCAAAGUUUUCAAGCUUCCUGAUGUUGUUAAAGAAUACGAUCACUUAAAACUUCAAACCAUCCAAGCUCAUAAAGAAUGGGUCCGAGAAGUGCGCUAUAUAGAAAAAUUAGAGAGCUUCCUAUCCUGUGCUACAACAGAUACAAAUUCUCUUGUUGUUAUACCUGUUCGCCAUGGAACAUCCACAAAUAUGAUUAGUUUUAAUAUCCUUCAAGGAGUUAAUACAUUUGAUUAUGACGAUGAAUUAAACAUUAUAGCUACCGGAGGCGUAAAUCAUAUGGUUCAUCUAUGGAAUCCUUAUGUUAAUUCCAAACCAGUCGGUGUUCUGAGAGGACAUUUAGCAAGUGUUAUCUACACUCAAUUUUAUUCAGCUAAAGGUCAACUGAUUAGUAUGGGAAAGAAUAGGGUAAUAAGAGUAUGGGAUGCAGAAUUGCACGUAUGCUUGCAGAGAUUAAGUGGUCUUUUUAUUAAAGGCCCAACAGUACACUGCAACUUAUUUUUUGAUGCUGAUUAUCGCCAAAUUGUGGCGGCCAUAAGUAAAGAGCUAGUGUUUGUGGAAAUGAAAGCGGAACUUUCGGAUCAUGUCUUAACUCACACAAAACCAGUAUCAUGUGUGAUCUACAGCAGCAAGUGGAAAGAGAUUAUUACUGCUGGAAAAGAUUCUACCAUAACCAUGUGGCUCGUUGAAACUGGCCAAAGAGAAAGACAGUUUGUCAAUGCUCAUGGUGAAGCAGAAAUUACAUGUUUAGCCCUUGAUUCACGUCAAAUUCAACUCUUUAGUGGCAGUGUUGAUGGAACUGUCAAGAUAUGGGACAUGAACGGGCAUUGUCAUCAUACACUUGUGGUAGCAGAUGGAAAGACAGUAGACAUCAACCAAAUACUAACGCUUAAACGUCAAAUCUUUGUUGUUGGAGGAAAUAAGUAUCCCUGCGUAUUCCAAUUUUCUGACAUCAAUGUCAACAGCAGUAGAAUUUACCCUAAUAAGUGGUCAGCUCAGGAGGAGCAUCAAGAUGAAAUUGUUUCUGUGGCUUACCAUCCACCUUUUAAAAUUGCUACUGCAAGCUUUGAUGGAGAAAUUAUCACCUGGAGUCUAACAACUCAAAAGCCAACCAAAAAGUUUAAAUUACGCGAUAAAUCAGCUAGUACCACAACAUCAAGAGAUGGUGGCGAUACACCAAUUGGCUCACAAAUUAGCCAAAUUUUAUAUUUAGUUAAGCGAGAGAGCUCACUUUACACCUGCGAUCUCGUCUCCUGCGGUGGUAAAGGAAUGGUUAGUUUUUGGAAUACCUCUUCUAUGCUACCUCAUCCAUCGGUCACAUUUGUUGCCCAUAAUGAAGUCAAGACAAUUACUAUGGCAGUAGAUGAAAGAAAUGAUUAUUUAAUCACUGGUGAUAGCGAUGGAACUUUGAAAAUAUGGGAUAUCCAAGAUUAUUAUAAAGCUACCACUGAAAUCAAGCGACAAAUGCCACCAGCAAUGGUAGCCUCCAGUCAGCCACAUGCCGACGGAAUUACUGCACUAGAAAUUUGCGUUUACCAAAACGAGUUUUAUAUUCUAGCCGCGUCAUUAGACUGGACAGUAUCUAUUAGCAAUAUCCGAGGUGUUAAAAUUGGUGUGUUUGGACAGGCGCAAAAUUGGAAAUUAGAAACAUUAAAGGUAGAAAUGGAGGAAAGCGAAGAUAAACCAUCAUUGAAUCGGGAUGAUAGCGAUGCCAUGAGUCAAGACGAUGAAGAUCAAUCCUUACAACCUGCUGGCGCUAGUAGUAGAAGCCUAAAGGAACUUAGAAAGCAAUCAAACAAACUAAGUCAUCAAUCAGAGGAUCAAGAUGACGGAGGAAUAAUUUUCCUGCCACCGAUACCUAACAAUGACUCCAUAGAGACCAAGCGGAAAAGUAAAGUUUCGAAGGAUAGCCAAAUAGGGCCGUUGCCAUCUAUUGGCAGCGCUCAUAAAAGAUCAAGUCUACGAUCACGAGAAUCUGCUAAAGGCAGAUCAAGUAGAAUGUCAGCUCAUAGUCAAUAUAACGAACAUUUUCAUCCCUGGGAUAGAACUAUUCUAGGUAAAACCUACCAAGAACACCACCAAAAUAAGAUCAAACGUCGAUCUAAAAUCAUGAAGAGUUCCACUGUACCUGCACGACUUGCUCCUACAAGUAGUCUCAGCAACACAAGUUCUUAUUUAUAUCAUUCUUUAGAUUGUUCUGCUGAACUAGAAGAAAUUCCACAAAUAAGACUACCUGAUUUAAAAAUAAGCACUAGAACUGCUAAUUCAAGAUAUUACUCUCCAGGUACAAGAUCGCCCACGUUAAUGCCAGCAACUAAAUUUACGGAGAAAAAUCUAUUUCCAAAAUAUCUAUUAGAAUUUGAAAGCAAACUUAAGCAUAUUCAGAAAGGACAACUGCAUCAGGUCUUCUCUAGACGUGGAAGGCAACAUUGA